AUGAUACCAGGAAACAAAAUACUAGACAAUAACCUCCUCGAUAUGCUGGGUAACCAGCCAUCCCUGCACAAAUUAUACAGUCAAAUCUCUUCCGUCUACGCGGUUACCGAUCCCGAGGUCCACGGGCACAUUAUCCAUACUCUGAGAAACGGACUUGAGAGAUUAGCAGAGAGCUUUCCAUGGCUCGCAGGCUAUGUCAUCAACGAAGGGGCCAGCGAAGGUGUCACGGGUACCUACAGGAUCGUACCUACCGAUAAGAUCCCGCUCGUCGUCAAGGAUCUGCGCGAUGACGCCUCAGCACCAACCAUGGACGCGAUGCGACAAGCCGGGUUUCCCUUCAGAACGCUGGACGAGAAUGCCAUUGCUCCGUGCACGACCAUCAACAUCCCCGGAAUACCCAUCGGCCUAGUUGACGACCAUGGGCCGGUUUUUGCCGUCCAGGCAAACUUCAUGAAAGAGGGGGAACUGGCAGUCGGGAACAUGGACAAGAGCCAAAGUGUUCAACUCCCAGACGCCUCGUGGGAGCCUGGCGCUGAGAUUGAGCAUCAGCUGUUGAAACCGCCCGUUGAAGAAUCCGAUGAGAGCACAAAAUCACAAGGCACACGUCCCAGAUUGUCUUGGGGCUACGUCAACUUUCCUCGGACCUCGCUGAAAGCUCUCAAAUCGGAGGCGAUGGCCACUAAGCCUGCCGAUUCGGACUUUGUGUCCACUGACGAUGCCAUCUGCGCAUUCAUCUGGACAUGUCUCUCCCGGGCCCGGGCAAACCGCCUUCAAAUUGACACGAACACGACAUUCGCGCGUGCAAUCGAUGUACGCUCACGGUUGGGCCUACCGGCCACUUAUCCCGGGGCCCUCACAAACAUGACGUACAACCGGUCAUCGAUAGGAGCAGUGGGAGGGCAGUCGUUGGGCUCCGUGGCAUCCGAUCUUCGCAAUCAGCUUAACCCCAGCGUUACAGACUUGGCAUAUAAUACCCGCGCCCUCGCGACAUUCCUUAGUCGCUGCGCGGAUAAAAGUCAGGUUCUCGUCACUGGGUGUGUAGAUCCUUCGUCGGGGAUCAUGCUCAGCUCCUGGGCUGGAGUUAGUCUUUACGACCUGGACUUCAAUCUCGGACUCGGACGGCCUGAAGCAGUGCGCCGACCGAGAUUCUUCCCUGUUGAGAGCUUGAUUUACAUUAUGCCCAAGUCUCCGCGUGGUGACAUGGCGGUCGCCAUGUGCAUCAGGGAUGAGGAUUGGCAACGAUUAAAGGAGGAUGAGGAAUGGGGCAAGUUUGUGGAGUUUAUUGGGUAG